AUGUCAAUAAGAACACAAUUUAAUUCUGAUUCAAGUACACAUAGUUUAUUUAAAAAAUUAGAACCGCAGUUUGACAAAUUUUAUUCAACUGCAGAUUUGCAUCAAUACGUUGAGAUUGGUGCUGAAGGCAUUCAAUCUUUGUUAUUUAAAUUAAAAGAAGAAACAAAUUGUUCAGCUGAAAAAAUAGCCAACAAUGCCAUGCGCCAAGCAUACACCAAAGAACGAUGGUCAUAUUUAUGCAAUCAAGAAGUAACUCUUGCGCAUAUAAUUAUUGAAAUAUUAUUGAAUGGUAAAAUUCGACGUGGCCCUAUACCAGUCAAUGAAAACCAACUUAAAUUUCGUGAAUCUCUUAUAAGAAAAGGUUUAAUGCACAGCGAUGGUCUACACUUCUCUAUUCUAAUGUUACCAUUUCGUGAUCGAAAUAAAGCAAAAAAUGAUGGCUAUUUACCGGAUUUAGGUGAAGUCCUUUCAUUGUUACAACUAUGGUCGAUUGUUAAAGCGAUGAUGAUUGCAACAGAAAAGUAUACUCAAAGGUUAAUCAAAUCGUUUCGUAAACUAUUACAGCCCAGUGUAAAAACAAUUACUGAUCUUCGUAAUACUGUUCAAAAUAUUUUAAUAUCAAAAUGUCGUUCUACAAGUACAGAAAUGGAAACUCAAGAGACUACUUCUAUUGAUGCAUUACGCCAAGAAUUGUCUGAUGAUUAUAUUGUUUUCGAUACUGAUAAAGCAGAAUUAUUGUUACGCGAAUUAACUAGUAUGAAUCAAAGUAUUAAAUGGUUCAUGCAAUCAAUUGAUGAAGCAUUCAAUGCUACAGUUAAACCAAUCCGAAUAUUUACUGUGCAAGAUGCCCGUCGAUAUCCGUGCUAUGAUACAUUUUUGGAUGAGCAUCUCAGUUCGUAUUCAAAUUGUGUAAAUGAAAUAGCAAAACGAUUGGGUAUUAGUAGUGAAGUUAUUUUAACAUCACACGAAAAUUUAGAACAACAAUGGAAAAUUCAGCAACCACAAGAAUUAGAAACAUUUCUUAGAAAACGAACCGAAAUUUAUUCAAGUAAAUUUGAACAAUUUUCAAAACCGUUUUUUGAUGCAAAAAAUGAAUUACUUGCAUACCAUACACGUGACAGUUUUCUAACUAAAGUCCAUCAAUUAUCAUUAAAUGAAAAUAUACCAGACAUGAUUGAACCAAUAUUGCACAGUCGUUAUCAUCCAGAAUUAGCUCCAGCUCAACUUAAGCCUGAAGAUGAAUUAAAAGUUUUCGCUCAAAUCUAUGAAUCGCAAGAAGAAACUGAACAACUGCGACAAAAUAUUUUAUUUUCAAGUAUAAUAAAUGCCAUCAAAUACAUUUGCGCGUAUGAAUCAAAUACAGAAGCAAAAAAUAAAUAUGGUUUAGAUGAUAUGAAGUUUUUCUUACCAGGUUCUAUACGAUUAAGUAUUCAUAAUAAAUCUGCCGAUUGUGGACAAUUUUUACUUCGGGUUGGACCGAAUUUGCAUCGACAACCAUGGAAUGGAACAGCGGGUAUCAAACCAAGUUCUCCAAGUUCAAAAUAUACAUUAUCAUUCGAAAUUCGUAUGAGUUUGGAAUAUAAAAUUGAAAAUUAUGUUCCAAUAUUUAUUAGGAAACAAGAAGAAGAAACGAAUAAUGAUAUUUAUCCUUUAUUUCUUUCUCAAUUGUCACGUAUCAAACAGCCAAUUUUAUGGAUACAUUUUGACUUAAUUCAGCAAUAUUUAUCCAAUGACUAUCUUAACAAUAACGGUAGUUAUCAUGAACGUAUUGUAAGUAGCAUAUUUGCAAAACACAAGAAAAUUCGAUUGGUUUAG